UUAAAUGUUAGAAAUUUGAGCAGAGUGCAUCGGACGGCUGAGAAGCAUUUUAGCGUGAGACAACCAUCCAUUAUCAUCUAACUACCACAUUGGAAAAACACCCCGAAUUGGCGGGAGAAGGAGGUUAAGACUCAGCACCCAAACUUACAAGGGAAGCUACCUAGGGUUUCAAAGUAAUGGUGAACUUGCAUAUAAUUAGGGCAAAGUGAUCUAAAGUACGCGGCAGCAAAAUGCUAGCAGGGAGAGAAAGUUUGAGCAGAUUGAUCGGCAAACGACGCCGUUUUCUUCCUCACCUUCAAUCUAUUCUCUCCUCGCCAAUCCAGAGCUCUUUGAAUCUCUUGUCUGAUAAAAAUGGAAGCUUGGCUGAAACCGAAGGUUCCAAAGACAAGGUUGAAAUGCCCAAUUGUGAUUUGGUAACCUGCCCUGUUUGUGGGAAUAAAGUUUCUGGUGAAGAUUACACUAUCAAUUCUCAUCUGGAUGGAUGUCUUUCUAGAGGAACCAAACGGAAGUUGACUCAGAGGACGCUUCUUCAGUUAAACUUUGGUUGUUCUCAAUCAAAAGUUCAAAUUUCUUCAGGUGAAUCAGAACAGUUGUCGACUAGUGACCUUGAUAAGAGUCCUUGCGACUCUGAACAGAAUGCUACUGGUGGCUUCUCGAAAACCAUUCCAAGUGAAGAACAGAGCCAUGACCAGCGCAGACAAUUGCCGUGUACUGAGAGUGUUAUACGAAUUGAUAUAGCUGGUUCAACCGAAAAUCCAAUUAGUGAUGGAAGCGUGAACAUCAUGGAUGAGCUUCCUGUGUUGUCCACUGAUAAUGAGGAGCCUAGACAUUGUAUGGAUGAAACUGUGGACAGCAUAUCUGGGAUGCCUAUUGAUACUUUUAUUGUUGGUCGUAGGUUUAGUGACGAAAAGGAUGUGAAUCUUGGGGCGAGCAUAUCUCUCCUGAGAGACCCUGAUAAUAUUAAGGAUUCUAAUGCUAUCAAGGUUGUUUCUGCAAGUUCUGCAUGCUCUAAAACGCUUGGUUAUCUCCCUCGAGAGCUAGCUCAGUAUUUAUCUCCUCUGAUUGAGAAGUACUGCUUGAGCUUUGAGGGCUUCUUGCAGGGAUAUGUGAUUGCUGUUCCCAGACAUUCGGUAGACGCUGUUCCAAUUCAGAUUGUGUGUCAGAACAUGAUGUUUAAUGAUGAAAAAGGAUGUGAUAAUUUUGAGGAUUUCAAACAUUUGUGGCGAAAAGCUCUUCAAGUAGUUGAAUUUGCGAAGAAUCGCCCACCUAAUACAACAAAAUAUCAGCAAAACUUUUGUCUAUUACUACAGGAGGUUCUAACAAGCAGCAAUCACCUUUUCACUGAAGAUGAAAAGAAAUUCAUUGAAUCAUUCACUUCAUUAUCAGAGGAUAGUCAGAGGCUUUUUGUUCGGCUUUAUACACGGAAAGGACCUUGGUUUCGAAUGUCAACCAUUAUGUACCCUGAAGUAUGUAAUCCUCAACAAGCUGUCAAGGAGCUAUCUGCAACUGGCUAUCUGUGUCUCAUUGAAGAUAUAACUGAACUACACGGUGAUGACAUGAAGGACAUUUUAAGUCUGCUCACUGUUUCUGAGCUUCGUGAUAUUUUAUGUACACUUAGAAAGAAACGUACUCAUGGUUCAAGAAAGCAAAAUCUUAUUGCAUCUCUUCUUUCCUGCUAUAAAGGUGGAACUUGCCCUGUUCUACCACACUUGAUUUUGGAGAGAACUGAGAUUUGUAUUAGGACAUCUUCAGAAGCUGAAUCCCUUUUUUGGCGUGCUGAGAGGCUCUUCUUCCUAAAUGGAGAACAGGAUCUGUCAGCAUUCCUACUGGUGGAUCUGGGGAUUGUCAAGUAUCCUACUUUCAACUGCAUAAUUUCAGAACAGAUUUUCCCAAGUAAAAGUGACUUGCUUGCUUAUGAAGAGGCCAUUGAAGUAGCUCAAUUAAUGGAUCAGUCUCUAGAAGAAAACAGCUUUGACUUGGUUUUAAGAUGCAUCAUGAUAGCUGAGUCCCGAACAUCCAGGUCUCCUGAAAAAUUGAUUGAUUCCACAACUCCUGAAUUAAUGUCUAGAUUUCUUUCAUGCUUCUCAGCAUCAUGGGUGUAUUCCAAAGUGAUCUUGCUAGGAAUUUCCUUCCUCGAGCGUGAGCAUAGGUACAAUGAUGCGAUACAUUUACUAAGGCGAUUGCUUAAUUGCUUCACAUGUGAUAGAAGAAGAGGAUAUUGGACUGUAAGAUUAUCUGUUGAUUUGGAGCAUAUGGGCUGCCCCAAUGAGAGCCUUUCAGUUGCUGAGGCUGGAUUAUUAGAUCCUUGGGUCCGUGCCGGUUCAAGAAUGGCACUACAAAGGCGGGUUCUUCGCUUGGGAAAACCGCCAAGGCGCUGGAAAACUCCAAGCUUUUCAGAAUCAAUUAAGAGGAAGAUAAAAGAGGUUCAUAUUCAAGGGAGACCAUUGAAUUGUGAAGCUGGUAGAAAAAGCAGGUUCUAUGGGGAAGAUGGAGAGCAAUGUGGAGUAGAACAGCUAGCUCUGCAUUAUUAUGCAACGGAAGGUGGAUGGCAGGGUGUCCAUACAGAGAGUGGUAUCUGGUUGACUAUUUUUGGCCUUCUCAUGUGGGAUGUUUUAUUUUCUGAUUUACCAAAUGUUUUUCGCACCAGAUUUCAGACUGCUCCCUUGGAUCUGGAGACUGAUCAUUUUUAUCUAGCAAGAACAAGCCUUAUAGAGUCCCAACUACAAAAGAUUCAGGAAGGGUUGGCAGAAGAGAUUCUCAUAGCUUCAUGGGAAUUGCAUAUUGGAACAGCUUGUAGAGGAGUUAAUUGGGACCGACACUCCCUUUCUGACCUUCGAGCAGCUGUUUCAUGCAUUCGAGGUCCUUGUUUGGCCUCUUUCUGCAGACAUCUUGCUCAGGAUUAUCGCAGUUGGUCUAGUGGAAUGCCAGAUUUGUUUCUCUGGCGCUUCCAUGGCGACUACAAAGGUGAAGCCAAACUUGUUGAAGUUAAGGGCCCCAGAGAUCAACUCUCUGAACAACAAAGAGCAUGGUUACUGCUUCUAAUGGAUUGCGGAUUCAUCGUAGAGGUUUGCAAAGUGAGCCCUGCAAUAACGUUCCCUUGAGGUCAAUUACCAUACCAUGUUGUUCAGAUUGCAGAUUAUCAGAGCUGGUUCCAGUGGAAUGCCAGAUUUGUUGCUCUGGCUCUUCCACGGCGAUUACAAAGGCAAAGCAAAACUUGUCGAGGUGAAGGGCCCCAGAGAUCAACUCUCUUAACAACAAAGAGCAUGGUUGCUGCUUCUAAUGGAUUGCGGAUUCAACGCAGAGGUUUGUAAAAUGAGCCCUGCAAUAACAUCCCCUUGAGGUCAGUUACCAUACCAUGUUGUUUGUGACAAAAAUCAAAGUCUUUCCAGGACAUGGGUCCAAUGUUGUUAUAGUUUCUUCAACAAAUAUGUUAACAAGUUACCAUGGAAUUCAUUGUCCAUUGUUUUGUAAUUGUUCCAUGAAACGUAAAGAAACAAACAUUUUUUCAUUUUCUGGAGGUAAAAAAUUGGCAGAGUGGUUCUUUAUUAAGGUCUUUUCUUAUGACAAUCGAACUAAAUAAUAAGUUGUAUACAGUUACGACAGAAAUUUUUUCAACUCUGCAAUUGCAAGCGGGAAAUCACAUGCGGAGU